ACGAAUGGGAUUCGAUAAGACAGUAUUUUCCAUGGCUAUAUUUCUCUCAGUUUUAUCAUCAGGUCUGCCAUUGAGGACAGGGGCCUUACAGAUGACUUCAAUAUAGGACCAUGUGCAGCCGCGACGAGGACAAAGGAUAAUGUGAUGAGUGGGGAUCGUCAGCGACAGCGGGCACGCCUCGAAGCCACAUCAGAUAUUAAAUCGUCUGAAUGUUGGGGGCAACAACGGGCUAGAUAUCGGCCCACUUGUGUGUGUCCUGGGACUCUGGAUACUCCCCGUGUGUGGCCGAGCAGCCGCAACGCAUGUGGCUGAUGCUUUGGGCCAUCAUUGCUGACAACAAUAUCAGCGUGGCAGCAGGGACACGAACAACAACUGCAAACAAAUACGAAGAAGAACGAAUAUAGUAUUUUAUUGUGUAACAAUAUCGAUUAUAUUUAUCGAUAGUUUGAAUUGGUGUUAACAUAGCUCUAGAACUGACAGCCAUUUGCGUUUUUCGUCAUAUAUAAUUUUCAUUAUUCUUUCUUUAAAAGCUUAGUAUUCAGUAAUCAGAAAAGUGAGAAAAACUCAAAUAUGGCAGCGGAAAAGGCAGAAGAAUUGCCAGCAAAAAUGGUAAAAACACAGGAUAAGGAGAAUCUCUGGCUCGACAUAUUGUAUGAGCAAAAAGGUGCCGCAAGAAGACUGGUAUCAAACAAAUCAGUAAUCGUUUUUGGCGAUAAUGGAACCGGCAAGACGUCCCUCCUGGCCAAGCUGAAUGGAAAGAAGUCGCCGCAGUAUGACGUCAGCUUGGAGUAUGACUACAUUGAUGUCAGGGACGACAUCAAUGGAGACAAGGCGCAGUUGGGAGUUUGGACAAUCAAUGGUGACAUUGGGCACACAAAUCUGUUGCCCAUUGUAUUCAACGAAGAUAACUUUGGAGAUGUGCUCGUCAUGCUCACAGUUUCGAUCACCGAGCCCUGGGCCUGGCCGAAGCAGCUCAAACAUUGGGUACACGUGCUGGAACGCCAUAUUGAAAGCCUACCGCUGGCUGCCGAGAAAAAGGUGCAGGCACGCGAGCGGCUUGCAACAAUUUGGCAGAGUUACGGCUACACGGGAUCGUGUCUGAAACAAAUUAUCGCUGCGGAUGAUCUGUCGCCGCUGACCGAGGAUGCACUUACCACAAAUCUUGGGGUCGACCUUGUCGUUGUGGUCACAAAAACCGACUGCAUGGGCGGCACCUUUCUGAUGGAGAACGACUAUUCUGAUGAGCAUAUAGAUUUUAUGCAGCACUGGAUACGUAAUUUUUGCCUUCGUCACGGCGCUGCACUCUUCUAUACAAGCAUCAAAAAAGCCACAAACUGUGAUCACCUCCGAAAGUAUCUAUUGCAUCGCAUCUAUGGUCUGCCGUUCCAAACUCCACCGAUGGUCGUUGACCAGGACGCUGUACUCGUUCCGGCUGGUUGGGAUACCCUGAAGAAAAUUGAUAUUUUGUUUGAGAGCAUCCAUGGCAUCAAGGCCAAUAGUGACUUCACGGACAUCAUCAAGGCGCCUUCUACUGGAAAUGUGAUUUUCAAUAGAAAUUUGGAAUUUGUGGAAACCGUAGACGAGCAGGCCUUCCUGGCCCGCCAAAUGGAGAUACUCAAGCUGCUUGACCAAGCAGAUGCAAAGAAAGGCGGCGACGGCAAACACAGCACACGCCAGUCCUCCAGAGGACAGCGCUCCUCCAUGAAAACUGAACGUUAUGAAUCCUCUGGUCGCGACACAGUUUUGUCCAAAUUUUUCGCCGAGCUUAGAGAGAAAAGUUCGGCGAGUACCUCUGGCGAUGGUCCAGUGUCGGUGUCUAGUCGCAACGGCACCGAGAAGUCUGGAAUAUCCUUGCAGCCGGGCGCAGAAUUGGGCCCCUUGUCACGCAUCGCCGAAAAGAAGGAAGAUCAGGUGAAACCAGAGUAACCACAACAGAACAUGAAUAGACACGAUCGAAUUAAAAACAAAAAGACAUUGGCAGAUUAAAAUAAAGAACAAAUUGGCAAACAAAGCGUUUGCGUUGAGAGAGGAAGUAUAGUUAGAGAGCGACGAGGCAGAGAGAUUUUGCGAUAAGAUGAAGCUUGAGUGAAGCUUGCACAGGCAGCGCCAGCGCUGUCGGCAGAGGUAAAGAAGAGAAAGAGAGUAAGUGCGAGAUCGAAAAGCAGA